UUUUUUCUCUUCUGGUAACAUUAAAAUAUAACCUCUGUGCAGCGAAAUUAUUUUGGGUUUCGUGAAAAAUCCUAUUUGGAUUCAUAGUUUCCCAAAAAAUUAACCAUCAUGUCUAAUCUUCCGUACGGCCCUCCUGUAAAAAUCUCGCCUUUGAUCAAGUUUGGUCGCUGGUCCUUCCUAGCGACAGGAAUCCUGUACGGAGCCUUCCACCAGAACAGACUGUCCAAGAAGGAAGCCAAGCUGAGGGAGAUUGAAGCCAAGGAAAAGGUGAUCCGAGAUGAGAAGCUGAGGAAGGAGAAGGCACUGGCUGCGGCGGCUGAAAUAAAAGCACUGGAAGAGAUGGUGGCCACCAAGAAAUAGAAACAAUAUGAAGAAAGUUAGUUCAUAAGUUAAAUAGUGUUAAAAAGCUGCCAUCCUAAAAUCAGUGUUGCCGUUACAAUAAUAUGGCUUUGUGUAAAAAGAUCUAUGUAAAAAAACAGUUUUAAGAAAUGGUAACAAUUCCAUCUUUAUAAUAAUGUAUUUAUGAAGUAUAGGUGAAAAAAUUA